GUCCACGUCCCCUGCUUCCUGUUUAUUGUGACCGUCUCCACCGGUAGAAUAUAACGUUGAUGCCGCUGUGCCGCCGCCCAAAGCUCGCGCUGUAGCUGCUCCUCUUCCUCCCGGUUCCUGAUGGAGGACUCGGUGUCUGAGUCCGACGCUCUGGGAGCCGACUUCAUCACCGUGGAGCUGGACACGCAGCCCAUCGAGUACGUGGUGAAGUGGGCCGAGGUCGGCUCCAAGUUCACCAUCUCCUGCGUGAAGAAGGACCCGGCGGAGGACCCGCUGGAGGCGGACGAGGCCUUCUUCGCGCCCUACGAGGAGGUGUUCCCCUGCGAGGUGACGGAGCAGAGCGUGGAGAUCAAGAUGGACUCCGAUGAGGAGGAGGAGGACACGGAGGAGGAGGAGCAGGAGGCGCCAGAGGAGGAGGAGGAGGAGGAGGCGGCCGGCAGCCAGCCAGACGGCGAGGCGGACUCGGACCUGGCCGACUUCGAGCCGGACGAGCGUCAGUACCGCUGCAGCUACUGCGGCAAGAGCUACAGCCACGCCUCCAGCCUGUACCGCCACCAGCAGACGCACAGCGGCCGCGCACAGGCCACGCCCACCAAGAGGGCGCUGGAGCCCGCCCAGCAGGAGGCGCGCUACACCUGCCCCCACUGCGGCAUGAGCUUCAAGGGCAGCAGGAUGCUGGGCAGUCACCUGCGUCUGCACGGGAAGAGGCGGAUCCAUCCCUGUAACAUCUGCGGUAAGGAGUUCAACCACAGCUCCAGCCUGUCGCGCCACCGCCUCAUCCACAAGAAGGGCAAGGGCGUCCCCAAGGGCGUCCCCAAGGGCGUCCCCAAGGACGCGGGCCACAACAUGGCCGCCCUGCGCCACUCGCUGAAGGCCGGCGGCAAGAACAAGAAGCCCAAGCGGCAGCAGCACGCGGUGGGGGGGGCGGGGCCGGGGGCGGGGCCGCCGGCGGGCGAGCCGUUCUACGCCUGCCCGCAGUGCGACAUGAGCUUCAGGACCUCCACCCAGCUGUCCAAGCACCAGGUGAGCCACGUGAAGCAGCUGCUGGGCGGCUACACGCCGGGCAAGGAGAACCUGGGCGAGACCUCGUCCGACCUGAAGAUCCGCCUCAAGCUCUGCUCCCGCGACAAGCCCAACUUCUACACCCUCUGCAAGAAGAACCGCCGGCGCCGGGCCGGUCGGGUCGGCAAGCGGGGCUCCGCCCCCUCUGAGGAGGAACGAGGAGGCGGAGCCGGAGGAGGCCGCCACGGGUGCGGCCAGUGCGGGAAGCGCUUUAGCCACGCCUCCAGUCUGGCCCGACACCAGCAGACCCACCGGGACGGCGCCGGGCGGGGCAAGCCGCUCCACUACCAGAAGCAGCUGCACCUGAAGGCCGGCCCCCCCGCCCACAGCAAGACCUACACCUGCACCACCUGCAGCAAGACCUUCAUGCACUCCUCCAGCUUCUCGCGCCACAAGAAGGCCCACCUGGAGGAGGAGCAGCGCGGCGCCGAGCGCCGGACCCGGGCGGCGCUGGACGAGAGCGCGCCGCUGGAGUCCGAGUCCGAGUGACGGCGCCCGGCUCCGGGUUCGGACCCGUUUUGUGACCCGUUCUGGGUCGGUUCUGAACCGGCGCUGACUGGUUCUAGACUGGUUUGGGACCAGUUCUGGAAAAGUUAUAAUUUAAAAUAGUUGUGGCCCAGUUGGGGUCCGGCUCUGGGCGGCCCGUGGCAGUGUGUUAGUCCAAGUUUGUGAACUGGACCUUCUCUGGUGUAGAUAGCAGCAGGAGGCGGGGCAUCUCCAUAGAUGGUCACACCUGGCCGUUGGCGCUCAAGGAUGUUCCCCAUGCCCCGCCCCUCUACACGCCAUUUCCCAUCAGCCACCUGGGGAGAGAACUGCUUCCUCCCAUUAUACACACAGCACGCAGUGCAUUAUGGGUAACUGAUUCUCCAUUCAACGGAUUCAACACAAAUCAAAGCUGUGGAUUCAGCUGAAAACAGGCCCAGAUCUAACCGGGCCCAGAUUUGAUCGGGUUCAGGUCCGACCUGGUUCUGGUCUGAUCGGGUUCUGGUCUUAUCGGGUUCCUGUCUGACCUGGUUCCGGUCUGACCGGGUUCCGGUCUGAUCGGGUUCCGGUCUUAUCGGGUUCCGGUCUGACCGGGUUCUGGUCUGAUCGGGUUCCGGUCUGACCUGGUUCUGGUCUGACCGGGUUCUGGUCUGAUCGGGUUCCGGUCUGACCGGGUUCCGGUCUGACCUGGUUCUGGUCUGAUCGGGUUCCGGUCUUAUCGGGUUCCGGUCUGAUCGGGUUCCGGUCUUAUCGGGUUCCGGUCUGACCGGGUUCUGGUCUGAUCGGGUUCCGGUCUGACCGGGUUCUGGUCUGAUCGGGUUCCGGUCUAACCUGGUUCCGGUCUGAUCGGGUUCUGGUCUGACCUGGUUCCGGUCUGACCUGGUUCCGGUCUGACCGGGUUCCGGUCUGAUCGGGUUCCGGUCUUAUCGGGUUCCGGUCUUAUCGGGUUCCGGUCUGAUCGGGUUCCGGUCUG